AUGGCGGCUGAGGAAGAGAAAUCAAUCCAAGACGUGCUCUCCCUCCCAAUCCUCCUCGCUGAUCGAGCUAUCAAGUCAGCUCAAGAAGCCGAGUCUUUCAAGCCCGAAAACUCGGAACUCGCCCGCCAAGUAACCGAGCUCUCUCAGCUUCUUCGCUCCGCCGCCCGCCUCACCACCACCUCCCCCGGCGUCUACGACCGCCCCAUCCGCCGCGUGUCUUUGGAUGUUAUGAAGGCCCUCGACCGGGCGCUAACCCUUGCCCGCAAAUGCCGCCACAAGAAAACCAACGUCCUCCACCACGUGCUCUCCAUCACCACGGCGGCGGAUUUCAAGAAGGUCUCGGCUUUACUUGAUUCUUCAUUGGCUGAUAUUAAAUGGGUUCUCUCUAUAUUCAGUCAAGACACUGAUAAUUGGAGUAUUAAUCUGUCUCUGCCACCGAUUGCUACUACUGAUCCUAUUUUAGCUUGGGUUUGGCCUUACAUAGCUGCUGUCCAUAUGGGCCGGGCCGAGGCUGCCAACGAGCUAGCAAUUUUAGCACAGGGUAAUGAUAGGAACAAGAAGAUUAUAGUUGAAGAGAAUGGGAUACCUCCCCUUUUGAAGUUGUUGAAAGAAAGUGGGAAUCUUGAUGCACAGAAUGCUGCUGCCAGUGCUUUGUGUAAUUUGGCGGAUGAUCAAGGCCGUGUGAGGAUGAUCACGGAUGCAUUGGGGGUUCAAGUCGUUGCCAGAGCGCUAUCGGAAGCGCCUAUGAGGGUUCAAGUGACAUUGGUGAAUUUGGUGUCGAGAAUGGUGGAAAUGGAUGCAAAUGUGCAAGAGGAGUUUGGUAAGGAGAAUGUGACGAGACCGCUGGUGGCCCUUUUGGGUAUGGAUGUGGAUUUGGAGGAGUUUAAGGAGGCGAAUUCACGGAAGACGGUUAAUAGCUUGCAUUCGAUUGUUCAGAUUAAUAAAGAGAUGGUGAAGAAAGGUGUAAGUGGUCUUGGUAGUGGUAAUAGUUUUGAGGGGAGUAGGCAUCACAGUCAUAGGAAGGAGAAAGAGAGGGAAAUGGAGUCCCCGGAGGUGAAAUUGAGGCUUAAAGUGAGUUGCGCCGCUGCAUUAUGGAAGUUGGCGAAAGGGAGUUUGUCGAAUAGUAGGAAAAUUACUGAGACUAAGGCUUUGCUCGUUUUGGCGAAGAUUAUCGAGAAGGAGCCUGUGGAACUAAAGAUGAACUGUUUGAUGGUAGUGAUGGAGUUGACUGCAGUGGCUGAGUCUAAUAACGAUCUUAAACGUGCUGCUUUUAACCCAAGUUCAACGGCUGCAAAGGUCGUCUUGGAUCAGCUCUUGAGGGUGAUAAAUGAGGAUGCAAGCCCGCCCUUGGUGACUCCGGCUAUUAAGGCUAUUGGUUGUCUAGCAUCAAUGUUUCCUGCAAAGGAGAAACGGGUCGUGCAAUCUUUGGUUGCACAGCUCGGUCGUAGGAAUCUUGACGUUGCAGCUGAAGCAGCCAAAGCUUUAGGAAAAUUUGUCUGUGAUGACAAUUAUAAUCGCAAAGAGCAUUCGCAAGCAAUUAUUGAGUUCAAUGGGGUGCCAAAGCUAAUGAAUUUGCUGAGAAGCAACGAUCGAGGUCCAUUGCAUCUGCACGAGAUUGUAUUACUCUGCAACCUAGCGAUAAAUGCCGGUAACAGCAAAGCACUAGAACAAGCUAGAGUUCUGAGUGUGCUGGAGGGAGCUGCUCGACAUGUAGUCACUCACCAUCCCGAUCUGAGAGAACUGUUUGCUAAGGCCAUACACCAGCUUACAAUCUAUCAGGCUGGAAUACAUACACAUGGAGAGGUGUAG